ACACAAUCCUGCUGUUUUCUAUUGUUCUCUUCUGAGAAGUCUCUGCUUCCAUCGCGGGGAGCGGGAAAAUGGCGUCCAAAAUACACCCGGAAGUUUGUCUUAUAGAUAUAGGAGGGUUUCUUUUUUUUUUUUCCUCAAUGGUCCGAUAAUCGGCUUUGCCCGAUUCUCCCUCCGAUGAGCGGCUUGUGUUCCAAAUGGCGCAGGAAGCUCCUCCGACGCAUGCGCUCUGCGGUCUCGGACGCGCUGGUGUUGCCUAGCAACAGGGAAAGCGAAAACGUGCGAACGGGGAAAGUGAGAAGCAGGAUGGGGGUCUUGUGAAUGUAACUGUUCGUAGACAGUCAAGUGCAAGUCUCGCAGAAAUGGGUAAAAAAAUUAAAAAGGAAGUGGAACCACCUCCCAAGGAUGUGUUUGAUCCUUUAUCAGUUGAAAGCAAGAAAGCUGCAACAGUAGUGCUUAUGCUUAAUUCCCCUGAAGAAGAAGUUUUGUCUAAAGCAUGUGAAGCUCUCUAUAAAUUUGCAGCAAAAGGUGAAGAAAAUAAGCUUACACUUCUUGAGCUUGGAGCCAUGGAACCGUUAUUUAAGUUAAUUUCACAUGAAGACCCUAUUGUCCGCAGAAAUGCCACCAUGGUUGUUGGGAUCAUGUCAUCUCAUAAUGAUGUGAAAAAAUCAUUACGGCAGCUUAAUGCCACUAGUGCAUUCAUAGCUCGCCUAGCACCAGAAGAAGAUGUAGUCAUCCAUGAGUUUGCCAGCCUUUGUCUGGUCCAUAUGGCAAUUGAAUAUAACAGUAAAGUACAAAUAUUUGAGCAAGGUGGAUUGGAACCACUUAUCAGAUUGCUGGGAAGUCCCGACCCUGAUGUUAAGAAGAAUUGUGUUGAAUGCAUCUAUAACAUGGUACAGGAUUUUCAAAGCCGUGCUGCAACUCGUGAACUAAAUGUGAUUCCUCCUUUGCUGGAACUUCUCAAGUCCGACUAUCCAAUUAUUCAGUUGUUAGCUCUCAAAACUUUAGGUAUAAUUACCACUGAUAAAGAAACCAGAGUGAUGCUGAGAGAAAAUCAAGGACUAGAUCACCUUUUCAAGAUACUUGAAACUAAGGAAUUUAAUGAUCUACAUGUAGAAGCUCUUGGAGUAGUGGCAAAUUGUCUUGAGGAUGUGGAUACUAUGCAACUGAUACAGGAGACAGGAGGUCUCAGAAAAUUACUUGCCUUCACUGAAGUUUCCACUCUUCCUGAGUUUCAGAAAAAUGCAGCAAAAGCCAUUGCUAAGGCAGCGUAUGAUCCUGAAAAUAGAAAAAUCUUGAAUGAACAAGAAGUUGAAAAAUGUCUUGUCACGCUUUUGGGAACAGAUAAUGAUGGAACGAAAGUCGCUGCUUCUCAAGCAGUUUCUGCUAUGUGUGAGAAUUUGGCUAGCAAACAAACCAUUGGAACUCUAGGAAUUCCCCAGCUAGUUCAGUUGCUAAGCAGCGACAAUGAAGAGGUGAAAGAAGCUGCUGCUACAGCUCUGGUUAAUCUGACGACAGCUCAUCUUGGCAAUGCAAGUGCUGUUGCUGAAGCUGAUGGCAUUGAACCACUGAUCAGUGUCUUAAGCGCAAAGAGAGAUGGGGCUGUGGCUAGCGCGGCCACUGUUCUCACAAACUUGGCUGCCCAGGAGCCAUUGCGUCUCGCCAUUCAGAGCCACAAUAUGAUGACUGCGAUCGUUGAGCCGCUGCAUUCCAGCAACAGCCUUGUGCAGAGCAGAGCAGCUCUGGCUGUGGCUGCCCUUGCUUGUGAUGCUGAGGCAAGAGCUGAGUUGCGGAACUCAGGAGGUCUAGAUCCUCUUGUGAAGCUUUUACAUUCUAAGUAUGAUGAAGUCCGAAGACAUGCCUGCUGGGCUGUUAUGGUUUGUGCUGGUGACGAGCCAACAGCAGCAGAAAUGACCAGGCUAGGUGCUUUGGACAUUCUUCAAGAAAUUAACUUGUCUAUUGGGCGAAAAAACCAUUUUAGUGAAGCUGCUUUGGACAAAAUACUGGACCACAACCUUCCCCAAAAAUACAGUCAAAUGGGCUAUUUGUCCUCCAGUAAUAUAAUUACAGAUGGGUUCUAUGAUUAUGGACAGGUAAAACUGGGCAUAAAGCUGUUAUCGUUAGAAGAACUCAGCGCUCAGGAGCUUAAUGACCGUCGUGCUAUAAUCUUAAUAAAUGCUAAGUCACCUGAACCUGAAGCCUCAGCUCUUUCUGUUCUGUCGGAGGAAAAAACAACACAAGAGACAUCUAACAGCCGAACUGGGUCUUCUUCUGGCAGCACUAUUAGAAAAACUAGCAGAGAAAGAACCACGUUGAUGGAUGAAAAGCCAGAAUCUCCAGGGCGAUCUUCUUCAAUCAGUAAAGGAAGCGUUAGAGAGAAAGGAUCAAGGAAAGGGAAAGGGAAAAAAGAAGAAGAAAAACCAAAGGAAGAAGAAGUGGAGCCAGUUAUGCCUAAAAUUGUUGAAGAAGUUCCUCAAAAGGUUAUAUGGCUUCCUCCUGUUGACCACAUUUUAGUGGAUUACAUCUCCGAAGUUUCCAAAAUAAUUCUACCAUUGGCAACCACCAAAGAACAGGUGGUAACUCUUGCACAGUUUGUUGGUGAAAAGAUGGGUGGUCCAAUUGAAAAAGACAAGUUACAUGAAUUCAGCUGGGAACUUCAUAUAAGUGAAAUUAAAUUUGAACUCAAAUGUAAUGUUGUGCCUGUUGGGAAGAUCAGCAAAGGGACCUUCUAUCACCGAGCUUUGCUUUUCAAGGCUCUGGCAGAUCGGAUUGGCGUUGCCUGUAGCUUAGUCCGUGGUGAGUACAACAGAGCAUGGAAUGAGGUCAAAUUAGUGGAUGACUCUCCCUUGGGGAUACCUGGACUUCUGCUUCCUCCUCGAGUAUUUAUUGUAGAUCUCAUGUAUCAGCUGGGCAACCUGAUGAAAGAAGGCAGUCCAGAGGCAGAUCACUAUCAACGUAUAUAAUGUUCUUUUCAGAGUUCUUCAAAUCCAAAAGCAGCUUAUCAAUCAGUUGCAUUACAUCUGUGCAGAAAGGUUCGCCAGGCUUAUUUUCAAUGCUGAGCUGGGUGCCAAGCAUUAUAUGCACAGACCAGCAUGGAUGGACCUUUGGAUCCUUCAUUUUUCUGAAAAUCUAAUUUUUGCAUCUCAGAAACCUCAUUAGGCAUCAUAUAGAAUUUCAGGAUGAGUCCUGUUCAUGUUUUUGAUUCACUGUUCUGAAUAAAAGGCAGUU